GCGCCUCUCUUUCUGUCUGUAGAUGAGACGAAGAGGGAUGAAUAUGCUAGAAAGGGGAAAGCGGAUAAUACAACGCUAAAUAAACACACUGUGUCAUUACAGAAGAGCACACAUCUUCAUUUGACCAACACCGGGAAAGGGAGCAGCUUGUGAUCGACUGGGAAACGAGAGAACUGACCAGAUCACUGUGAGCCAUAAAAUCCUCCGUCUUCAUCAGGAAAUACAGGAUCACAUUCAAGAAACUCAUCUAACCUACAAUCACAAAUAUGAACACUCACGAAUCUGAGGUUUACACGGUGGCACCGGAGAUGCCGGCGAUGUUUGAUGGCAUGAAGUUGGCAGCGGUGGCCACAGUUCUCUACGUCAUCGUCCGCUGUCUAAACUUGAAAAGUCCUACAGCUCCACCGGACCUCACUUUCCAGGAUACAACACUCAACCACUUCCUGCUAAAGUCGUGUCCUAUCCUGACCAAAGAGUACAUUCCUCCUCUGCUAUGGGGUAAAAGUGGUCAUCUGCAAACAGCCCUCUACGGAAAGUUGGGUCGGGUCAGUUCACCGCACCCGUUCGGCCUGCGCAAAUAUCUGCCCAUGCAGGACGGAGCCACUGCAACUUUUGACCUCUUCGAACCCUUGGCGGAUCAUCAGUCCGGAGAGGACGUCACUAUGGUCAUUUGUCCUGGCAUCGGGAACCACAGUGAGAAGCACUACAUCCGCACGUUUGUGGAUCAUUCACAGAAACAGGGCUACCGCUGUGCUGUGCUCAAUCACCUUGGGGCCUUGCCGAACAUUGAGCUCACCUCUCCUCGCAUGUUCACUUACGGUUGUACAUGGGAGUUUGCAGCAAUGGUGGGCUUUAUCAAAAAGACAUAUCCCCAGUCCAAGCUCAUCGUGGUGGGCUUUAGCCUGGGGGGAAACAUUGUCUGCAAGUUCCUGGGAGAAAACCGUACCAACCAGGAGCGCGUUUUGUGCUGUGUCAGCGUGUGCCAGGGCUACAGCGCACUCAGGGCUCAGGAGACGUUUCUGCAGUGGGACCAAUGCCGUCGCUUCUAUAACUUCCUGAUGGCCGACAACAUGAAGAAGAUAAUUUUAUCGCACAGGGGUGUUUUAUUCGGCGUGGGCUCGAAAAUGGUGGAUUCGGAGCUGAGUCGACUUUACACCGCCACGUCACUCAUGCAGAUCGACGACAACAUCAUGAGAAAGUUCCACGGACACAACUCUCUGAAAGAGUACUACGAGAAGGAGAGCUGUGUGCACUACAUUCACAAUAUAAAUGUGCCUCUGCUGUUGGUGAACUCUGUUGAUGAUCCGCUCGUGCACAACUCUCUGCUCACUAUUCCUCGCACACUCGCAGAAAAGAAAGAGAACGUGGUCUUCGCUUUGACUCUCCACGGUGGGCAUCUGGGCUUCUUCGAGGGUGCAGUUCUGUUUCCCCAGCCGCUCACCUGGAUGGACAAGGUGAUUGUGGAUUACGCCACCGCCAUGUGCCAGUGGGAGAAGCAGAAACCCCCCUGCCAAAGCAAAGAUGCCCAGUCCAACCAAACCACAUGCCAAGAAAACACAUCCUAACCGGACCAGCUUCUGCAAGAGUUUUCUCUCCUUCCUCUUUUCUAUCAAAUGAGGGGAAACCCGACGACUUUCUAAAAGGGA